AUGGCACUGAGGAUGUGGGCUUCUUCAACAGCCAAUGCACUCAGAGUCUCUACUGCUACCAGACCCCAACUCUCUCCUGCUUUCUCUCUCUCUAGAUGCUUCUCUAGUGUAUUGGAUGGGUUGAAGUAUGCAUCUACACAUGAAUGGGUGAAGCAUGAAGGUCCAGUGGCUACCAUUGGCAUCACUGAUCAUGCUCAGGAUCACCUUGGAGAAGUGGUGUUUGUAGAGUUGCCAGAAUCUGGUGGUUCUGUUACUCGAGGCACCAGCUUUGGAGCAGUGGAAAGUGUAAAAGCCACUAGUGAUGUUAAUUCCCCAAUCUCAGGAGAGAUUGUUGAAGUUAACUCAAAGCUCACUGAAUCCCCUGGUUUGAUCAAUUCAAGCCCAUACGAAGGAGGAUGGAUGAUCAAGGUGAAGCCCAGCAGUCCACCGGAGUUAGAAUCUCUGAUGGGUGCAAAAGAUUUAGCAAGAUUCAUGUUCAGUGCUUCCAAGCUAGCCAAUCUCACGACUCUGACGAAAAACUCAGAAAUUGAUGAUCCAACUCGGAUUCAAGUUGUCACUGCACUGAUUUUCAAUUGUGCUAUGGCAGCAGCAAAGGCUCUAUCAGGUGCAUCAUUAUCAUAUAUCUUGAUACACCCAGUGAAUCUACGCCUGAGGAUUAUCCCACCAUUGCCUGAAAAUUCUGUCGGAAAUUUUUCAUGGUUCUAUUCAAUCAUGGCUAGAGAUGAGAGUGACAAGCAAUUGGACAAUCUGGUGGGUGCUUUGAAGAAAGGAAUAGCACAAAUGUUUGAUAAGUAUACGAAAAAUCGGACAGCAAAUGAAUGUUACUCAUUGAUAUGUGAGUCCAUCAAAGAGGCAAGAAAGGCACUGAGCAAUAGCAAUGGUGUCCAUGUCUAUAAAUGUAGUAGCAUGUGCAGUUACCCAUUCAAUCAGAUAAAUUUUGGGUGGGGAAAAGCAAUAUGGGUGGGUGUUUCUGGUUGUCUGAUCAAGGAUACAUUUCAUUUGGUGGAUGCUAUGGAAGAGGGUGGUAUAGAAGCUCUUGUGACUAUGGAAGAAAAGAAAUGGCUGUAUUCGAACGUGAUAAAAAGCUUCUUGCGUUUGCAUCGUUGAAUCCCCAAGCUUCUGUAAUGGUCAAGAGCUCCUUGUAAGGCUUCGUCUAGCUCUUGUGAAGAAUUCAACUGCACUUAACUUUUAAGUGUGAAAAUCAAGUAGCCCGUGAUUUAGCUUGUUAUGUUCUUU